AGUUUUACUUCCUUCUCAAAUCCUGCUUUUGCACCAGACAGCUUUCCAGCUGUUUCUCUCUCUCCCCCAAUCCAGAUAGCGCAGGAAACUUAACACACCCGGCUGUGUCUGGCAGGUACUUGAAGGGAGUUGUCCCUAGAAAGCGACACCCGCCCUGGUCACGCUGGGUUCCUCCGCCACCCGCUGCUUCGGCAGGCACCGCAAUGGAGGAAAUCCGGAGCCGCACCGUGAAAGGCUUGGCUGAUCUGAAGGGCUUUUUCAACCUGACUCCAAAGGAAGGCGGCAGUUCGAGGGCAGCAGCCGCAGCAGAAGCGGCCAACGCGGAGACCUUGCUUCCAGAUGAGAAAGAAUUCCAGCAUGCUGCUAAAACUAAUAAUCUGGACACUAUGGAAAGAUUAUUUAGGAAAAAAGUUAAUAUUAAUGCUGUAAAUGUUCUGAAGCGCACAGCCCUCCAUUUUGCUGUUGCAGGAAAUCAUAUAUCUGCAGUUGACUUCCUUCUCCAUCACAAAGCUAGAGCUGAUAUUGCAGAUAAGCACGGCCUUACUGCGAUUCAUCUUGCUGCAUGGUCUGGUAAUUUGGACAUAAUGCUGAUGUUAAUUAAAGCAGGAGCUGAUCAAAAAGCAAAGAAUCAGGAAGGGAUGAAUGUCCUCCACUUUGCUGCUCAGAACAAUAGUGUUAGAAUAAUGAAUUAUUUUAUCCAAGAUCUUCACCUGGUGGAACUCAAUAAACCUGAUGAGAAAGGUAGAAAGCCAUUCCUUCUGGCAGCUGAAAUGGGCCAUGAAGAAAUGAUAAAUGAAUUGAUUACCCUUAAUUUAUUCACCUCAGAAAAGGAUAAGGAAGGAAACACUGCCUUGCAUCUAGCAGCUAAACAUGGCCACAGUGAUGUGAUAGAGAUUCUUCUUCAGCAGUGGGAGCAUAUAAACGAAUUCAAUCAGAAUGGUGAAACACCAUUUUAUAUGGCUGUUGAAGGAGGCCAUGAAAAAUGUGCUGAACUCUUACUGGAAGCAGGAAGUGACAUCAAUAUUUUGAACAAACAUAAUGCCAGUGCGCUGCAUGUCGCAACCCAAAAUGGCCACACACCUUUGGUCAGGUUUCUUAUCAGUAAUAAUAUUGAUCUGGAUGCUCAGUCUCAGCAAAAUAAUUCUCCUCUACAUUUGGCCAUCAUAAAAAACAACUUAGCAGUGAUAAAUAGUUUAAUAAUUGCAAACUAUAACAUAAACUCCCUAAAUAAGAGACAUCAGACACCUUUACAUCUGGCAGCAGACCUUGGAAAUGUGGAAGUAAUAGAAAUGCUGCUAAAGGCAGGCUGUGACUUCAGCAUUGUAGAUAAGCAAGGAAAAACUGCACUUGCUGUAGCAUCCAGAAGCAAUCAUGCCUUGGUUGUAGACAUGAUUAUAAAGGCAGAGAGGUUUUACAUCUGGAAACAGGAGCAUCAGUGUGAUGAUGUGCCAAAUGUUAACCUCUCUUUUAAACAAGAUCACAACAUGCAGACCAAACAGAUCCGCACAUCUCUUUGGAAUCUAGCUUACAAUGGGUUAAAAAUGCGAGAAUGGAUAAAACUCGCACAGUUUUGGAAGUUUACAGAUGAACAAAUCAAAGCAAUAGAGGAACAGUGGACAGGAAAAAAGAGCUACAAGGAACAUGGACACAGAAUGCUUCUAAUCUGGUUACAUGGUGUUCUCAUGGCUGGCCAGAAUCCCAUUAAACAUUUAUAUGAGGAUCUGGUGAGCGGGGGAUUUCAACAACUGGCUGAAAAGUUCAGAGCAGAAAAUAAUGCUGGCGCAGAAUCCAAGAAAUGUUCAGUUUCAUGAAAUUCCAGGGAAUUUGAAACAAUGACAUGGAAUAAUAAGUGUGUAUUAAAAUAUUGUUUACAAACAAAUGCUCCAAUGUUUCUCUAGAAAGAAAGCCCUGAAUGUCUUCUCAUCACUUCUGCGGUAUCUCUCACCCCAUCAACUUCCCGGCCCCACACCAACCAGGAUUUCUCAAUCUCCAAUGGUGCUUUCUAAUCUCACUUCACCAAUCAGAAUUCUCCAUCUUACCAAUUCCUUUUUUCAAAAUCCUGAGUGACUGUACUCCAAAGUUCUUUGUCCUGCAAAAGAGGAGUGACCUAGAUUUGGAAACUUAAUUUGGAGCUGGAAGAAACGAUAUGGGGUUAUAUGAGUUCUUGGGUACCAAGAGCAGUGGGGAAAUGAACAUGGCAGUGGCUGGAGUUUUGCUUGAAAACAAUUUUAGUCAGCGGUGGAUUUUUUUUUUUUUUUUCUGUGUAUGGCUGAUAGUCUCCUGUGGG